AUGGACGAGGCAGCUCCUUGCCUUUCACAUCCUCCAGCGCAACAAGCCUUUGUUGAAACUGAUACAGCACUUCAAAGCUUCACUGACCUGAUACAAGAAAGCACCAUCGUGAUGGGACGUGUGUUCAGCAAAGGCUACAUCCUUCUUUACGUUAGUCUGGGACUUCUUCUUGGCUGGUUAAUUCUGCCUGACUUCCACAACAACGAUCAUUUGUCCACACACAGACGCACAGGAGAUGGGAUACUGAACUUCUUUGCGGCUUUCGAGGGCUAUUCUGAGUGCAACGUUCGUGCCUCUGAACUUUAUGCCACGCCGAAGAAAGAUCGUCUGGGCUUCUACGAGGCCAAUACGUUCUGCCAUGACAGAAAGCAUUUGUUGAGAGCAUUGUCCGAAGGUGGACGUAUCGGCUUCGAUGCUCCAUAUCAACCACGGGGCUGCAAUUAUCGAUGGUUUGAUCCCGAGGAGAUGUGCUUCAUACUCGAAAGGGUUGACGGCCUCAUCUUUGUGGGCGACGAUACGCUACAGACGAUUUACAGUGGGUUCAAUAUCCUUCUUCGGCGAGACCUUGCACUGGGAGCUUUGGAUCUAGCCUCGAUGGACAAGAGCUUACAAGAGGAUUGUCGGUGCAACAACCAGUUUGUCAGAUCCGACUGUCAACAACAUUCGCUUCUCGAGUCAGACAGAGCCAGCCAAGAUGACCACGUUGGCUCCGCGUACUUCUGUAACCGAAUCAAGCAUGCAUUCCUCCGGGUAGAUUCUGCAGAGCCUGCUUCUCUUGUGGUUGAGAAAUUUCAACAACUUGCUCCGAAAGCCUCAAGAUCAAAGUAUAGGCCUAUACCAGUAAUCCACUCUCUAGGACCAAGCACGUUAUCAGUAGGUGAUGCUGAAGCCUCACUUCUUAGAUUUGUCGAGCUGGCAGACGAAUCAGAUCGCAACACUCCAAUGUUGUGGAUAGGUCCUACUGCUGCUGGCCAUAUCGACUUGAAGGAUCGUAAGGGCAAUCAAGAGAUCUGGGACUUCGACCGCAAGAUGACGUUUACAGCCCAAGAGAACGAGGUCGAUGUGUUAGGUAUGUGGAACAUGACUGUUCAAGCUACAAGCUGGGAUGGUAUGAGGUUCGGAGAAAAGGUUGCCAUCACACAAGCUAUGAUGGUUAUGAAUUGGCUCAGCCGACUAGAAUCAUCAUGA